AUGGAAUCUGCUUUCACGCAGUGUUUCCCCAGUGAGUUUGUCUGCUCCAUCUGCAAGGACAAUUUCACAGACCCUGUCACCAUUAGCUGUGGGCACAGAUUUUGUGCUCCUUGCCUCUGUCUCUUGUGGGAAGAUGUCCAAACAGCUACUUGCUGUCCUGUGUGCAAGGCAAUAUCUCCGAAAAUGGACUUCAAAAGCACUAUUUUUGCUAAGGAACAUAUUCUUCCUACCAGAGAAUCAGUUAUCGGCCAGUUACCUAGCUUUGCCAAGCAGAUGUGUAGGAUACACCAAGUGAUAAAGCUCUACUUCUGUCAGACUGACAAGAGACUGCUGUGUUUGUUCUGCUCUCAUUCCCCAGAGCAUGCCACACAUGAACACUCCAGUAAACAGGUUGCAGAGCACUACAGGGAGAACCUUCUGAUGCAAAUGAAAUCUAUUUGGAAAAAGAAAAAAGAAAAUCAGAGAAAUAUAAAAAAAGUGACCAACAUAUUCAGAGUAUGGGAGGGUUUUGUAAAUCUACGGAUGGUGAUGAUAGGAGCUGAAUACCCUAAGGUAUAUCAAUAUCUCCAGGAAGAAAAGCAAAAACAUUUAGAGAUGUUGGCAAUUGAAGGCAAGAUUGUUUUUCAGCGACUCAGGAGAAAUGUAUCCAGAAUGGUUCAUAUGGGGAAACUCCUGAGAAGAAUAUAUGAGGAGGUGAAGGAACUGUGCCUUAAAGCAGAUGUGGACAUGCUCCAGGGUGUGGGAGACACAAUGAAAAGGAGUCAGUUAAUGCAGCUGUACAUUCCUCAGCCUAUGGACCCACAGCUCAGUACAUGGGCCAUCACUGGGAUAUUGGAAAGGCUUAACAGCUUCCGAGUGUAUGUUACGUUGGAUCAUAAAAUAAGAAAUUGUCAUGUGGCUCUGACUGAAGACCUGAGACGUUUGCAGUGCAGUCCUGACCAUCAAGACGUGCCCCGUAAUCCAGCAAGUUCAGAGAAUACUCCUUCAUGGGGUGCUCAGACCUUCACCACUGGCAAACAUUACUGGGAGGUGAAUGUGGGAAACUCUCGUAACUGGAUUAUAGGACUUUGCAAGGAAUCCUGGACAAGUAGGAAUGAUAUGCUCCUUAACUCUGAGGAUAUUUUUCUACUUCUGUGUGUCAGCGUGGAGGACCAUUUCAGUCUCUUUUCUACCUUCCCACUCUUACCCCACUAUAUUCAAAGACCCCAGGGCUGGAUAGGAGUGUUUCUAGAUUAUGAAUGUGGUAUAAUAAGCUUUAUUAAUGUUGCCAGCAGUUCCCUCAUUUGUAAUUUCCUCUCACGCUCUUUCUCUUUCCCUCUUAGACCUUUCAUUUGGCGUGGACCCAAAUGA